UUGAUAUACCGUGAUUAAAGAUAAUAACAUUGGUUAGGCAUAGAUACCUAUGUGAUUUUGUAUUCGUUAGGUACGUGUCUAGUGCCCAUUUUACCACAUUCUGUUAAGAGGAUAAGAUAUUUUAAAAGAUUAAAUUGAAUGGUUGUGCCAGACGAGGAUCAGGAUGUUGUGGAGACUGAUGAUCCUGAGCCAAUGCCAGCCUCCUGCAGUGAGAUAGUGGCUGGGCUGACGGCUUUGGAGGCAGAACUGGCAGAGUUGACUCGCCAUGUGCGCCAGUUAUCAGCCGGCCUGGCCCAGGAGCUGGAAGCGCAGCCACCGCCUCUCUCAGAUGGCCAGCUAAGUGGCGUGUUCCUGGCCGAGGAUGGCCUGGCGGACGAGCUGCGCCGUCACUGUGCCACCUGGCGCCGGCUGGCCGGCCAGGCGGUGGCGGCACGCGGGCGGCCGCGCGCCCACCUCCGGCAGCGGCUGCAGCGGCGCCAGGCGGCCGUGCGCGCCGGCCUGGCCUGCCUGGUGCGCGCGCUGUCGGCGGCCGUGGCGCUGCUGCUGGAGCUCGCCGCGUUCCGCGUGUACAGCCGCGCCGACGUCACGCACCUGGAGAAGGUGCUGGCGCUGCUGGCGGCCGUGCACCACACCCAGGGCGAGCUGCUGGCGGCGGCGGCGGCGGCGCGGCGCGGCCCGGCCGCCGUGCCCGGGCUGCGCCUGUUCCGGCUGACAUUCAGUCGCGCCGCCGCCGGCCGGCCGCCGUCCGUGGAGCAGCUGUGCGCCCGGCUGGCGCAGGUGCGCGCCGCCCGGCUGGCCGGCACGCUGCAGGCGCGGCUGGGCCAGCAGCUGGAGCUGGACAGCCUGCUGCGCCAGCAGUGGCCGGCCCGGCGGGCGGCCGCGCCGGCCGGCGAUGACGAGUCGGCGUCCGGCGCGGCGCUCCGCCUGCCGCCCAUCCCGACCAUCCUGAUCGAGCGCAGUUCCCCAACCUCGGGGUACGCCAGCAGCGGCGGCGAGGGUGACGCGGCCGGCGCCGAGCGGGCCGAGCGCGCGCCGCCGGCCGACCUGGCCCGCCUGCUGACCCACGAGGAGAACGCGGCGCACAGUCUGCUGCUGGCGGUACCGGCCGGCGGCCGGCGCCUGCUCGACCCGCACCUGCGCGCCGCCGGGCCAGAGGGCCGUCUGACGGGCAGCGGCCGGCGCCGGCUGGUGGCGCUCUACCGGGACGAGCUGUGGCGUACCGCCUGCGAGCUGCUCCAGCAGCGCCUGCUGUGGCGCGCAGACGCGGCGGCCGGCCGGCCCGCGCUGGCAGCCGCCGGAGCGCCGGCUGCCCUCCUCUGGCUCGCCGAGACGCUCGACAGGCUAUCAGAGGAGCUGACUGAACUAGGCCUGCCGCCCGAGUCGCUGUCGGCGCGCCUGCGACUGCCGCUGGUGCCCGCCUACGCCGGCUGGCUGCUGACGCCGGCGCUGCACCUCAGUCAGAGCACGCUGCACGCGCCAGUGCCGCUGGAGGGUGGCCAGCAGUGCACCAAGUGCGGUAAGCUGUUCUUUGACUCGGUCUCGUUCCUGGUCGGAGAGCUGAACUCUGUGCUGACGGCGCAGUCGGCGGCGCUGGCGGCGGCGUCGGCCGGCGACCAGGACUCGCCGCCGCCGGCCGACCUGCUGCCGCUGCUGCGGCUGCAGCUGCUGCUGCAGCGGAUGCUGGGCGCCGCGCUGCGCCAGCUGAGCGGCUGGGUGACGGCGCGCAGCCGGCUGCUGCUGCAGCAGUGGCAGACCUCGGCCUACUUCCUGGUGACCAUGGCCGACCUGCCGCGCUGCCUCCAGCUCGUCGACUCACUGCAGCCGUGUCCGCCGCUGGACUCUGUCUCCGACCCGCCGCCGGAGCUUCAGGAGGCCAUCCAGGAGCGCAUAGAGAGCGGGCGGCAACUGGACGCCGUCGUCCUCCAGCUGCAGGGCUGCCGGGCGGCGAACCUGUCGUCUGUUUCGGACGCCUGCCGCCGCACGGCGCUGCAGUCGCUGGCCGGCCUGGUGCCCGGGAAGGCCUACUGGCGGCGACCGGCCAUCAUCACCUCCCAGCCGAGCGACUACGUGCGGCCGUUCAUCGGCGAGGUACUGGAGGAGGUGCUGUCUGUCGUGUCCCGUCUCGGCACGCCCCUGCAGCUCACCGUCGGCGCGCUGGUCGUCAAAGUCGCCUGCUACGCCUGGAUGGAGCACAUCGUACAGAAAAACAUCAAAUUCAGCUCGGCCGGCGCCCGGCAGCUGGCCCGGGACGUGGCCGCGCUGCGCGCCUGGCUGCGCCACCACCCGCACCUGUGUUCCGAGGCGCGCCAGCACGCGCUGGACGUGGACGCGCUGCGCGAGCUGGAGGGCGUCACCCAGCUGCUGCAGCGCCAGCCGCGCGAGCCGCGCGCCAACCAGGUGGCGCCGGCGGCCGGUGGGCGCCGCUCGGCCGGCUCGCUGCGCUCGGACGACAUCCCGGCGGAGAUGUACGUGCGCCAGCGCGAGGUGUGGCUGCGCCUGCGGCUGCACCGCGAGGACACGGCCGGAGCGCUGCUGCACCGGCUACUCGUCUGCCGCUGCUGCAUGUGGCCCAACUGAGCAGGGCGAGCGGCCGAGGCGGCGGAGGGAUGGAGAUUACGGACAGACUGAGCUGACGAAGGUGGGCGGGGCUGAAGAGGACCCGAACUCGGGUGGUAAGGUCUGACCCAGUCAGGGCUGGCAGACGAGCACACGGUGUUACGGGGAGACUGAGCAGCCGAGCUUCUGCUGCCGUGGAAGCUCAUGUUGGCCGGCUGUAGACUGGCUUCAUUGUUGGAGAGAGAGCGAUCUCAGUAGCACAAAUCGGUGUAGCACAACUCAGGUAUUGUUUCCUUCAACAACUAUCACAGUGUCAGUAUGUAUAUGUGUUCCCUGAUGGCGUGAGAAGCAGACUCGCUGAAACCAGGCCAACCGUUUUUGCCAGACCUGAAAACCACUCGUGUAUCGUCAGUAAUGCGCAGGUUAUUCCUGUCCGGCCUCCAGUGGAGUGUCUGACGUCCCUGACCCGCCCACCGUGAAGCUGAUACGAAGCCGAGCAGAAGUCGUUACGCCGCCGGCACCGAGCCGCCGCUGGUUGAUGUGAUAUCGCUGUUCCGUCCAGUCUCAGUCAGGUGAUGUGAGAAGUUCCAGACGGACCUGUGUCGCGACUGAGCUGGUCUGCGUCAGACUCGCUCUAUCGUGUCGGAUCUGGAUCCAGGCUAUCGGUGUUUGUCUGUGAGACGCGCACGGCCAGGUACCGUGAUGUGUAUUGCUCAGUCCGCUGCCAGCGGUCACCUAGUCACCUUCGAUCUUCCUGACCGCCGGGCCGGAUGCUGGCGUCAACCGGUGGCCCUGUGUGUUUUGUCCUGUGGUCCUGUGACUCUGGGAGUCCUCCGCUCCCCUUCCGUCCGUGAG